UCAGCCCAGGCCCGUUCUGGGAGCGGAGGAGCGUGGUGGCGUAUGGAAAGCACGGCGGAUGGGGAUGUUAAGUAGUUGCCAAUCGACUUGCGAAGGAAGUGCAAGCGAACGAUCGAUCGGGAAGGCCACGCUUCCGCUCUCAUUUGGCGAAUUGCAGGCAGCGCUACUGAGGCCAUCACGCAGCAGCAGCAGCAGCUCUUUACAGAUUCCACGGUGUUGCAGCCGAUCGAGGAAAAAUGCACGACUUCUGCUUUACGCUCCCCUAUGGAUUCGUGGUUCUUAUUGGAGGAGUGUUCGGAUUUCUGCGCAAAGGUAGCACGAGUUCGUUGCUUGGUGGUGCGGGAAGCGGGCUGCUACUGCUUUUGGCCGGAAAACUGAGCUUGGGCGCGUAUCAUAAUGGCCAGAACAGCUGGUUCGCUAUCUUCCUGGAAACAGUGGUCUCGUUGGCCCUGACAGUGGUAAUGGGACAGCGAUACAAGACGACUGGGAAGUUCAUGCCCCCUGGGCUGGUCUUCUUUAUUGGAGGUGUCAUGACCAUGUUCUACUUCUACAAGAUCGCCACGGGAGGCAAUCAUAUCGUGAAGAAGGACAAACCCUCAUAAGAUCGUCAGAUGACUCCAAGGAGCCACACUGUCAAAGCUGGGGCUUUAUGAGCAAGUUAGUUUAGGUUUAGUCCUUGUACUAAAAGCGAAAUCUGAAUAAACGGACUAUAUACUGGUAAUGUGUUUACUUAGACUGAAGUGAAUUUCCUUGUGCGUGACAUAGGUUUUAAGACUAUUCUUGUAAGUAUGUUUCCAAAAUAUACAUUCAUGUGGAAAUUAGACCCUUCUGUAAAUCGGGGUUCUUAAUCUGCACAAUCUAAUGCUCUGUGCUAAACUCCGAAGAACAUGUGGCAGCUAAGUUGUCUCCAAAAUAUAAGACAAAUCAGCUUCUGUAGAUCUUACAUCACAGUGAUCGAAUCGUCGAUGGUGUGCUAGUACACAUUUUCAAGUUUGGUU